CGUCGCUGUCGUACGAAUUGAGAUAAAUGUAGAACCCCUUUUGCGCAUCCAGAGUUUCAUUCAGCGCCUAGUUUAUCAACUCUGUUUGUAGCAAUUGUCAUAUGAGAAGAAGGGAGGUUUCUAGCACUAUCUGGGAAAAGGAGUAAAGAUAUAGGAUGUUGGCAGACUUGCGAAGAUCACCGGCGCAUAAACGAGCAAUGGAUCCUAGGGAUUACGAUGAAUCCACUGAUCUUGAAGAUGAUACUGAGCUUCUAGAGAGUAGUAUGGGGCAAGAAACUGAAAAUCCACCUUGGAAGCUUUCCAUUCCACAUGUGCUGGUGGCUACUAUAGUUCCCUUCUUAUUUGGCUAUCAUCUUGGAGUUGUCAAUGAGCCUCUUGAAACAAUUUCUGUUGAUCUUGGUUUCCAUGGGAAUACCCUGCAAGAAGGCUUGGUGGUUAGUACUUGUCUUGCUGGAGCUUUUGUUGGAUCACUGAUCAGUGGUUGGAUUGCUGAUGAAGUUGGACGUCGUAGAGCUUUUCAGUUGUGUGCUUUGCCUAUGCUUAUCGGUGCUCCAAUAUGUGCCACAUCUAGAAAUUUGACAGGAAUGCUUUUGGGAAGAAUUUUAGUUGGCAUUGGCUUGGGUAUUGGUCCUCCAGUUGCAUCUCUUUACAUAACUGAGAUAUCACCUGCACAUGUGAGGGGUACUUAUGGCAGCUUUAUUCAGAUAGCCACUUGUCUUGGGCUGAUGGCCGCUCUAGUGGUUGGAAUUCCAGUAAGGAGUAUUUUUGGAUGGUGGCGCAUCUGCUUUUGGAUAUCUAUCUUUCCUGCUUCAAUGCUAUCUCUUUUAAUGGCGUUUUGUGUCGAAUCUCCACACUGGCUAUACAAGCAAGGAAGACAUGGUGAAGCUGAGAAUGAACUUGAGAAGCUUCUCGGAACUUCUCAUGCAAAAGAUGCAAUAGUAGAGCUAUCAAAGACUCAGAGAGAAGAUGAAACUGAUACCGUAAAGCUUGCGGAAUUGCUCUGUGGGCGGCACUCAAGAGUUGUUUUUAUUGGAUCAACCCUAUUUGCUUUACAACAGCUUUCUGGAAUAAAUGCUGUGUUUUAUUUCUCUUCAACUGUAUUUAGACGUGCUGGAGUUUCCUCGAACCUAGCAAAUGUUUGUGUGGGGAUCGCAAAUUUAAUAGGUUCCUUUAUCGCUCUGGCAUUGAUGGAUAAGCUAGGAAGGAAGGCGCUCCUGCUGUGGAGCUUCUUUGGCAUGGCUGCUUCAACGGGUCUUCAAGUUCUUGCAGCAGCUUCACCUCCUUCAAACACGAUUGGGUUUUUACUAUCCGUCGGUGGAAUGAUGCUGUUCGUCUUAAUGUUUGCUGUUGGAGCCGGUCCAGUUCCUGGUCUUUUGCUCCCUGAAAUAUUUCACAACCGAAUCAGAGCAAAAGCUAUGGCUUUUUGUAUGUCUGUGCAUUGGGUGGCAAAUUUUCUUGUUGGGUUGUUGUUCCUGCGUUUGCUGGACCGCAUGGGGCCUCAACUGCUCUACUCAAUGUUUGGCUCAUUCUGCUUGCUCGCAGUUGUCUUUGUGAAGCAAAAUGUGCUGGAAACUAAAGGGAAAUCACUACAAGAAAUCGAGAUAGCUCUCCUUGCUCAGGAUCAGUCUUAAAUAUAAGCUCAUGUGCUAUCCCACCAGUAUGUUGUCGUCUUCUUCUUCUACCACGAGUAACUUAUAUAGAAGAGUGUGCACGUUCAGGUAUAUCGAUGUUCACGAUAACGUUUAGAUGAGGACGAUGAUUGUAGAAUAGAUAGUAGCAUAAGGCGCGCGCUGUCGCAUCACUUGUGAAGUGAUGGCAUUUGUGGGGCCAAUGAUUACUGGUGAUGUCUGUAUUCUUUGAGAAAUAGUAUUACUAUGAAAAAAGUUUACAAUAGGGAAAAUUAUCAGUAAUGCGUGACUGAAAAAAUGCCUCCCGACAUUAAACAGAGAUGCUAUUCUCUUUUGUGUUAA